AUGGCACACCAGGCGGCCUCCGCCCGGGCCCUUAUCGGCCGCCCCAGGCCCUGCCUGAGCGCCAAUCGGGGGCGCGAGCCCGGACGAGCACCAAAGCUCCCGGACGCCGAUGCUGCGAGGGCGCUGCGGCAGGAGGAGCCGCGGGCCGUGGAGGAGCUCCUGCGCCGCGGCGCCGACCCCAACUUGGUGCUCGCGGAUGGCGCGGCGGCCAUGCACCUGGCGGCCGGAGCCCGGCACCGGCGCGGUCUGCAUUGUCUCGAGGCUCUGCUGCGCCGUGGCGGGGACCCCAAUGCUCGCUCGGCCGAGGCGCUGACGCCGCUGCACGUGGCCGCCGCCUGGGGCUGUCGCCGCGGCCUGGAACUGCUGCUGAGCCAGGGAGCGGACCCCGCGCUGCGCGACCAGGACGGACUCCGGCCGCUGGACCUGGCCAAGCAGCAGGGGCACCAGGACUGCGUGCGCGUUCUGCGGGAGCUCGAGACCAGGACCAGGACCCUGGCCCGGACCUGGUCGGAGACCCAGGAGCCCGAGCCCGACGGCCCAAGCCCCCCGGGGAAAGGGCUGCACGCCAGCCCUGCUGGGCCUCCUGGUGUGACGCUGGACUCCACAGCACUGGGCAGAGGUAACACCAGAGACAUCGGCCCUGAGGCCGCGGACACGGGUGGCGGCUUGGAGUCUGCUCCAGGGCGCUGGGACUGCGGCACAGAUGCUUCCUUCGUCACCGCGCUCGAGGCCUCUGGAGCCGAGGACCCAGCCCCCAACACCGCCCCUGGGGCUGGGUCACUGCCCCAGACCGGGCAGGCGCUCCUGCCUGGUGUCCGACCCUCGUGGAGAGUACCAAGACCUCUGGGUACUCCACAGCAAGCCGCCCUGGCAGGCAGGGAGGCAGAACUGAGUGCCCGUCUGCAGGCCCUGACUCUGAUCUCUCCGGAUGCCUCCCCGGCCCCCACAUCCCUCCCGGAAGGGCCCGGAGCCGGCAGGGCCCCUUGGGAACCACUGUCUGGACACCCCAGCUUCCACUUCCUGACAGAUGACCAGUUGUCCCUCGAUAGUGAUGUGGCCGCCCUCUGGCUGACAGAGGAUGAGGCGAGCUUCACAAGUGCCAGGGACCCUGUGCCCUCUUGCCGGUGCCCACCAGUCCCCGCCAUGUCUGACUGGGAGCUGCUGCGAGGGCUCCAAGCACUUGGCAAGAGCCGUGGCCCCAUCACUCCCUUCACCUGGCCAUACUACCUGCCACGGCUGGAAGAGGCCCAGGCUGCUCCUGGCCCAGACUUUUCAGGGCACAGCCCAGAGCUGGCCAAGGCCCUGCAGACAGGCCAUAUCCCGGAUGCCCAGGCAGACGAGGAUGAGCUUGCCCAGCAGUUUGAACAGCCGGAUCCCACCAGAAGGUGGCGGGAGGGGGUCGUGAAGUCCAGCUUCACGUAUUUGCUGCUGGAUCCCAGAAAAACUCAGGACCUGCCAGCACGAGCCUUCUCACUGACCCCAGCUGAAUGCCUUAGGACUUUCGUCCAUGCCAUCUUCUAUGUGGGCAAGGGGACACGGGCCCGGCCGGAUGUCCACCUCUGGGAGGCCCUCGGCCAGCGUGGGCACCCAGGAAAACAGGCCUGCCCUAAGGUGCGUCAGAUCUUGGACAUUUGGGCCAGUGAUCGUGGCGUUGUCUCCCUGCACUGCUUCCAGCAUGUGGUGGCUGUGGAGGCUUACACUCGAGAGGCGUGUCUUGUGGAUGCUCUAGGGAUCCAGAUGCUGACCAACCAGAAACAAGGACACUGUUACGGAGUGGUGGCUGGCUGGCCACCCGCCCGGCGCCGCCGCUUGGGAGUGCAUCUGCUGCACCGUGCUCUCCUUGUCUUCUUGGCUGAGGGUGAACGAGAGCUACGGCCUCAGGACAUCCAAGCCCGUGGCUGAGCACUGGUGAAUUCACCAUCCAGCCUGGGUAGAGAUCAGGGUGGCUGAAUGUUCCAGCUGCCCUGUGCUGAGAGCAGCCCUCUGUCUCCAGCUCCAGAAGGCUGGUGGGGGGCAGCAAGGCAAAUCUCCCCAUCAGGCUGAGGGAGGAGUUUGUUACAGAUGGAACUGCUGGAGAGCUAAUGAGCUCUCCAUCAUGGGAGGAGAACAAAUGGGGACCAGAGGUUCUUUGGAACAUUCCAGUCCUUCAGAAUAUGCUGGUGCUUUGGCAGUUUGGUCCUGUCUGUGAGGACAGAGUCUACUUUUAUCUCCUGACACCGGGGACGCACAAUGUGGGGUGGGCUGGGGGAAUCUGUCCGGGUCAAGAGCCAGGUUUUGCUGCUUCCCACCUGUGGGACUUCAGACCAGCAAUUUGUCUCUCUGAGCCUCAGUUUCCUCAGCUGUGCAGUGGGGACAGUGAGAAGUCCUACCUCAGGGGGUCAUUGUG